AUGACAUCAAGAAACUUUAAUUGGCAAGGUUCCAACAGUUAUCAGAUGCUCCCAUCACCCACCACGGAGUUGGAAAUCCGACGGCGCGGCGAGAAAAGACCAAUCCCGCCUGAAUUAAAAGACGAGAAGUACUUCGAAAGAAGACGACGUAACAACCAAGCUGCUAAGAAGUCAAGAGACGCGCGACGGAUUCGAGAAGACCAGAUAGCAUGGCGCGCCUGUCUCCUAGAGCAAGAGAAUGCGUCCCUCAGGGCUCACGUUGCGGCUCUGAGACAGGAGACCCUCGCGCUGCGCUCGCUCCUCGCUGCCAGAGACGAACCACCGGCACCAGCACCAUCAUCCACCACUCCAGAUUAA